AUGCGCGCGUGUAUAUAAUGUGCUGUGCAAGUGUCACAGUUGAGGCAGCGGCUAAGGAACUGUAGGACGUAAACCCGUGUAGGAACCAGACAUUCUCCAGGUUAAGCAAUGACCAAGGAAGGAAAGCCGGAGCAAGCGAGAUGGCCCGUCUCACUGCAGCUACUGCUGCUGUUUCUUUUUCCCCUGGCAACGUUUGAGAGUGAACCGCAACAAGUCGGAAAGAUGCAACUGUCGGGGGGCCGAGGACCACACGAGGGCAACUUGCAGGUCGAGGUAGACGGGGUGUGGGGCUACGUGUGUGACGACGACUUCGGCUUCGACGAAGCUGACGUAGUAUGCAGGGACUUGGGCUACGACGCGGCGGAAACCUUCACCCGAAACAAUUACUUCGGCAACAGUUCUACAGAGUGGCGCCGCAGCUCCGUCAAGUUCUGGGUGAGCGGCGCCAACUGCUCCGCGGCCACCAGCUUCAGCGACUGUACCUCGGCGAGGCUGGGCGAGCACCAGUGUGGCCCCACUGAGAUCGCGGGCGUCUCCUGUCGGCUACCCGAGGCGCGGUGCGAGGCACAGCUAUUCCCUUGCAGCACAGGCGAUGUCUGCUUGCCUCGGGACCUGGUAUGCAAUGACUUCAAGGACUGUGACGAUGGAAGUGAUGAAGCGGAGGUCCUGUGCCAAGAUGUGGGCGUCACUCGGCUCACGAACAACCUCGCCACCGCCAACAUCCCUGGAGCCGCUCUGGGCGUGGUGUAUGUCAAACACGCAGAGGAAUGGGGGACUAUAUGCGACGACGACUUUGACAACGAUGACGCCAAGGUCAUCUGCCGAAGUCUCGGAUACGAGGGUGGCUGGAGCCUCGCAUUCAGCAGGGCGUACCUGGGGGUAGGAAGCGAGGAUAACGAGGCCUUGGUGGACUCACCUGGCUGUCAAGGCGACGAGGAGUGGAUUGGUCGAUGUCCCCUCGUGACUUUUGGCAAAAGCAACUGUUCCCACAUAGAAGAUUCCAGUGUUUUCUGCUAUGAUGGGGAGGCGGAGGUGCGGCUGUCAGGUGGCGGCAGCCGGGGGGUAGGACCCGUGGAGCUGCGGCUCGGCGGGGAGUGGGGCUCCGUGUGCGGCUCUCGCUUCGACGACUUCGAUGCUCAAGUGGUGUGCAGGAUGCUGGGCUACAACGGGGACGACAGCCAGGCGUACAGACAGGCGGGAGACGUCGCCGGCACCGUGUGGCAGAUGCACCUGGACUGUCUUGGCCACGAGGAGGACUUACAGCAGUGCCGCUUGAGGUUCAACAACGAGACCUGCAAGAGCACCGCCGGAGUCAUCUGUUCUUCCACGUCUGGAGGACUAAACGCGGGCCUGCAGUCGCUGUUGCCGCGGCAGUGUGGGGACGCCAAGGACGCCUCCACUCAGUUCCUCACCCGCCUCGGCAAGGUUCGCUUCGGUGCUAAUCCUUCACGUUUCGACUCGCCGUGGCUGGUGUCGCUGCGUCGGCAGAAACUGGGUUUAAACCCACCAGGAAAACUACACUGUGGUGGCACCAUAAUAUCUGAAUUCUUCGUGGUGACGGCUGCACACUGCCUCCAGAAGCUCGGCGCCCUCAACCUGGUGGUGCGCGUCGGGGACUACAACGCCGACCUUGUAGAGGAAAGCGAAGAGCAAUACUUUAUUGACAAAGUUUGGAGACAUGAGGAGUUUGGAGUAGAUUCCUUCAAUGACAAUGAUAUCGCCCUUGUGAAGGUGGAGGCGAAGAAUGGCAGAGGAAUAAGGUUUGGGCCCCGAGUCAUGCCCUUGUGUUUGCCGCGGGUUGGUGAAAGUUACGAGAAUCUUGAGAACUGCUCCAUCAUUGGCUGGGGGCGCACCACACUUCUCGGAGAAGAUUCAAAUCGGCCCUUUGAGGGAAAAGUCCUCAUCAGACCAGACCGUGAUUGUGAGGAGGCAUACGUCGGGGGCACUAACAACUUUACGUCAUCGUUUGUGUGCGCCGGAAGUUCAUUUGGUGAAGUUAACUCUUGUCUCGGUGAUUCAGGGGGACCUCUUGCUUGCCGACGGCCUGGAGAGACAAGGAAAUCGUUGUAUGGCAUCGUAUCCUUUGGAAACAGUUGCCAGCCUUUUUUGGCACCAGACAGCUCCACACGGAUUACAAAAUACCUUCGUUGGAUUUACGGCAAGAUAUCUGGGAAUAGAUAAUGACGACUGUAUCUGUUCCACUUGCUUAAAAAAUAAAUGAUCUGAACAGACGUCCAGCAACAGCCAUCUCUCCCUGGAUGUUCAAAAGGGUAUUAUAAAAUGGCAAUCAGCUAGUCUGUUCAGCUGUAAGAUUAAGCAGAUAUUUUUUUUCUCAAAACAUCUGCAAUACAUGUUCUCAAUGCAAAAGUUAAAAGGCUUUUAUUAGGAGGAUUUCCAGCGAGUCAUCCUGUAAAUAAGGUUGCCAUUAUGAAAAUUAAACCCAUUGAUAAAU